UUUCUUUUUCUUUUUUUUCUUUUGUUGAUGAAAUUAUUAACCCAUUUGGUGGUUAUUGUCUUUAUUGCUUACACUUCUUACAGGUUUAUACAUCAAAAUAACAUGACACAUCAAUACAAGACAGUCAUCAUUGUUGGCAGUGGACUUGCUGGUCUCUCGGCUGCUAUUGAAGCACAUUAUCAAGGAAAUACUCGUGUCAUCUUGAUUGAAAAAGAGGAUAAAAUAGGGGGUAAUUCAAUGAAGGCAACUUCUGGUAUAAAUGCAAUCGAACCUUUGACGGGUGAUAAUCGUGAUGCUUUCGUACAAGACACGUUAAAAUCGGGUGGUGGUUUAAGUGAUGAGUCACUGGUCGCCAAAUUGGUUGAUGAAAGUAGACAUGCUCUUGACUGGUUGAUCAAACAAAGUGAAUUCGAAACAGACAUACCCUCACUCGAUCUAUCCGUCGUCUCACGUUGUGGUGGUCAUUCUUUUGGCCGUACUCACCGCUGUCCACCACAGAAUGGUCGUCCUGUACCUGUAGGAUGGAAGCUGAUUGAUACCCUCAAGAAGCGCUUCAUGUCUUUGCCUGAUACCAAAGUGCUGACUAAUACACGUGUCACCAGACUGUUGACAGAGCAAGAUAAAAUAACAGGUGUUGAGAUUUUGAAUGAGGAAGAGAAACGCGAAAUUCCUGCUAAUGCUGUCGUUUUGGCUACUGGGGGCUAUGGCGGUCAAACGGGUACUCGAUUACCAGAUGGACAUGCCACGCUCUUGAGUGAAUUUGCUCCUCAGUUGGUUCAUACAGCAACAACAAAUGGACCCUGGGCUAAUGGUGAUGGUAUCCGUCUAGCCUUGGCUGUAAAGGCUGGCUUGAGAGAUAUGGACCAAGUUCAGCUUCAUCCUACGGGUUUUGUUGACCCUAACCAACCUACCUUGUCCACAAAAUUUCUUGCCCCUGAGGCAUUACGUGCCUAUGGAGGCAUUCUUCUGAACGGUGAUGGCAAACGCUUUGUGGAUGAACUCAACCUUCGUGACCGUGUAACAGAUAAAAUCCUUCAACAAACAAGCACAGUAUACCGCCGACCUGAGAGCUGGAUGCACAAGAUUCUCCCCAAAAAAUACCCUGCAGCUUACCUAGUGCUGACAGACGAAGCGGUUGAAAACUUUGGCAAAAGUACACUAGGAUUUUACGCUUCCAAGGGUUUUUUUGUUCAAGUGGAAGGCAUUGGCAAUUUGGCAAAGGAUGUCUUGGGUGUAGACAAGGAAGAAGUUGAGCAAACAUUCAAAGAACAUGAUAGCCAUAUCGAAAGUGCAUCGCCUGAUGAUUUUGGAAAGACUGUGUUUCCCAGUCGAUUGUUGCCAGAAACCCCAACUACCUAUUGGGUUGCUCUUGUUACGCCUGUAGUGCAUUAUACCAUGGGUGGCCUCAACAUGAACACAGAUGCUGCCAUACUGCGUCAGGAUAAUCAAACAGUGAUUCCAGGUUUAUAUGGAGCAGGUGAAGUGACAGGAGGUGUGCAUGGACGUAACCGCCUGGCUGGCAACUCUCUCUUAGAAUGUGUUGUAUUCGGAAGAGCCGCUGGUCGUAAUGCUGCCAUUUACUCCCAAAGCUCCUAAUACUUUUCAAAAAUAAAUCAUCUCUUGUUCAAAAUCAUAUAUAUGACUGUGGUUUUGAUGAUGUAUUCUAA